AUGAAUUCUUGCAACAAUAAGGACUUUUCCAAUUGCUGUAGUUGUGCAACUUGCGUUUUUUCUGAGUUGAUAAAAGUUGGUGAAUGUAUCUUGGACUCAUGGUGCACGGAGGACAUCAAAGCAUUAUUAAUUAAUUUGAUGGAUAAUCCUUAUUUGAAUCAGUUACGAGACGAUAUUUGUAAACUUGUGGAGCUAAACAAAUCAAAAGACAUUCUCUACUCUAAAAUGAGGUUAUAUAGUUGUAUGAAUUGGGAUAUUCCUGGUGAGAAACGGAAGCUUCUUUCACCUCAACAAAUAGAUGAAGUUGAGAAACGAGUUAUAAAUUACUUAUCAUGUUUACCUUUAGUUUACCAAAAGCUUUUUAUUCUAUAUGUUUUGGUUGGCAGCCAUCCGUCUAUGACAAAUUCCAUCGGCUGUGAACUGCAGAAAAGUUUACUACGAGAAGGUAAUUUUAAGACUGGGAAAAAUGAGCCUUCAAUACAACUUCCAUGGAAUAUCAGUUCAAAAAUUAAGUCUUUUAUUAACAAUCAAGAAAAAGAGGUUGCAUGUAAGAUAAGAGGUAGCUCCUCGACUGAACGUCAAUGUGCGUCAUCGCUGUUUCGAGUUGAUCCACACUUUAUGAGAUAUACAUUAGUACCAGUGCCUGUAUGCCCAAUUCAGUUGAAAAGCAAAGUUUCAGGUGAACCAAACUCUGGGCUAUUUGGGGAGCCACGUGCAGUUACAGAAAGUAAUGAUAAUACAUGUAGUCAAGGAACAAAAAGACAUCUUGAUUCAUCUGAUGACUGGAAUAAUUUGAUACAAAAAUCAUGGGAUUCAAUUUCGUAUGAAAUAAAACAAGCCUAUAAUAAGAUAAAAAUACGAUAUGCUUUAAUGUUUGAAAGAAAUAUUUACUGUGGUCCAUUUAGCAUUUAUGUAUUGUUAGAAAGACAACCAAAUCAACCAUUAUGCAAACGACGUGUAAUACAUGUAGAUAAAAGAAGUCAUUGGUUAGCUCAUUGUGAAGGGAGAUCUCAACAACGUACAAUUAAAUUUAUAGAUAUUGCUAUGAAAUCAUUUCGUGAAAAAGAAACAUUUACCGGUAUCCACAAACGAAAUCAUAAUAUUAAUCAAUUGGAUAGUACUUCUGAAUUUAUGGCACAUUUAAAUCGUGUUUGGUUAAUUGGACAUGCUGGAAGUAUAAAAACAUUAUGGUUAGAUGUUAAACUUCAAAUUUUAUUGUCUAGUAGUUAUGAUACAAGUAUACGUUUAUGGAAUCUAUCUGAUAAUAAUCAUCAACAUUGUUUAAAUCAAUCAACAAAUAAAUUAAGUUUUAGAAAUAGUCGAUCCAAAUGUAUUCGAAUAUUUCAUGGUCAUACAGAUACUGUACUUUGUAUUUGGUUAGAUCAAACGAAAUUAUGGCCAAAAUAUAAUAUCACAACUGAAAACCGACCACAUUCAUCUUAUCAUUAUUCACAUAACAGAAAUAAUAAUAUAAGUAGUGAUGUGAACAAAGAUGAAUUUAAAGCUACCUAUUUAUUUGCAAGUGGUUCAGUUGAUUGUACAUGUUGUAUUUGGAGAUUAGAUGAACAUAAACCAUUAUGGAUUAUGAAACAUUCAACUCCAAUCACAUCAGUAGGCUUAAGAGGAUACAUCUGUACAACUGGUGAACAUAGUGGACGUAUAAAUGUAUGGAGAAUUGGCAAUAAAAAACCAAUUUUAAUAAAGGUAUUAACUGGUCAUACUGAUGUUAUAACAGCGUUACGGUUUGACAAUUAUCAUUUAGUCACAUCGUCUAAAGAUAAAUCUGUGAAAAUAUGGUCUAUAAUUGGAGAAUUCUCUGAGUGUAUAGGAACAUUGGUGCAUACUGGUGAAGUGUUAUGUGUUGAAUUGAUUGAUUUAAGAAUUAUAACUGGUUGUUCAGAUGGUCGUAUACGUGUGUGGAAUUUGUUAACUCAACAUUGUCAAAGAAUCUUACCGGGAAAUUAUCGUCAUGAUCCAAUUAUAAGCAUUAUGCCAUUGGAAAAUCGAUUAAUUGUUAAUACACAACAUAAUAUAUUAGCUUUAAAUUUUGAUACUAUAAAAUGGGAAUAUCAUGAAUCAGUUGAAGAUAAAGCAGAAGAAUUUUGGCUUAAAUCAAUGAGGAAUAAAUCAAAUCAACAGAAUAUUAAUUCAUUACAUUCUAAACCUAGUUAUGCUGAAUCAAGAUAUAUUAGAUCAUGUUUAAUGAAUUCAGCAGAUCCAAGAUUUUUUAAACGAUCAAAUAUGAUAGGUGUAAGGCAUAGAUCAGCUUGUCGAUCUUUAAGUGAACAUUCAAAAUCAAGUGAAAUAAGUAGAAUAUCAUCAGCAUCAUCGAUUCAAUCAAAUUCUAAUCGGUCCAAUCACUCAUUACGAAAUGAUAAAAAGAAAUCUUUUGAAUUUGAAUUUUUAAUAUCACCACCGAUACCGGGAACAUAUGCUGUGAAGCACAGUGUUAUAAAACGCCCUAAAUCAGCAUUUGCAGUUACAAAAGCAUUAAAACAAAAAGAACAUGAACAAUUGAACAAUCUACAAUUAUUAUCUAAUAAUCAUAAUAAUUUAUUAAAUCAUUCAAUUAAACAAAAUAUUUCACCUAUCAAACAUCAAAGAACACAAAUAAGGAUGAUACAUGGCAACAAUAUUACUACCACUGCUACUACUACUACUACUACUACUACUACUACUACUAGUACUACUAGUACUACUAAUAAUAGUAAUAUUAGUAGUAGUAAUAAUAAUAAAAGUACUAAUAUUAUUGAUUAUUCAAAAUUAUUAACCAAACAAUAUUUAUAUCAAUCCACUUAUGAUAUUAAUCAAUUUAAAUAUUAUUUAUUAAAACAAAUUCAUCAUUUAAAAAGAGGUCAAUUUAAUUAUCAUAAUAAAAAUAAUAUUGAAUCUUUAAAAGAUACUUAUACUAAUCUUCAUUUAAAUUAUCAACUAUGUAAUGAAACAAUAAAUAACUUAGAUACAAUUAUAAAUAAUGAUCAUUUAAAUUAUGAUAAAUCCAUUGAAAUAUUGAAUAAAAAACGAUCUAAUUCAAGUCCUUCAAUAAAUAUAAAAUUGAUUUCAACUGAUAUAGUACAAUCUAUGUUGACAACAACAAAACUACAAUUAAAUAAUAAUUGGAUACAAGAAAAUGAAAAAAAUAUAAAUUUAAAUUGUAUUCAAUUACCAAAUAUUAUUGUAAAUUAUGAAACAAUUAAUUUAAAGAAGAAAUAA